GCCACACACACCCCGCCAGUGCCCGCCCCAGCCCAACAAGUGCGCCUCUUUUGUCCCGAUCCAAUCUCUCACACCCUCCUCAUCAAUCUCAUAUAACGCCCCCCCCCUAGUGCCCAUCGUCUUCUCCCCUCCAACUCCUCUUUACUCCUGUAGAGCAACAGAAUCACGCCGCCACCUCGAAAGCGUCAAGAUGCAAGUCAAAUCGGUCGAGUUCAAGCCCUUCACUGACCAGAAACCUGGCACCUCCGGGCUUCGCAAGAAGGUCACAGUCUUCCAGCAACCGCAUUACAGCGAGGCUUUCGUCACAAGCAUCCUGCUGUCCAUUCCCGAGGGCGUUGAAGGAUCGUAUCUCGUCAUUGGUGGUGAUGGCCGAUUCUGGAACCCCGAGGUCAUUCAGGUCAUUGCCAAGAUCGGCGCCGCAUACGGAGUGAAGAAGCUCUUGAUCGGUCAGAAUGGCAUUCUGUCAACACCCGCUGCCAGCCAUGUCAUCCGCAAGCGCAAGGCCACCGGUGGUAUCUUGUUGACUGCCAGCCACAACCCCGGCGGUCCCAAGAAUGACUUCGGAAUCAAGUAUAACCUUGCCAAUGGCGGCCCUGCCCCCGAAUCGGUCACCAACAAGAUCUUCGAGGUGUCCAAGACGCUCACGUCGUACAAGAUUGCCGACAUUCCCGACAUUGAUAUUUCAACCAUUGGAACCCAGUCAUAUGGUGACUUGGAAGUUGAGGUGGUGGACAGCACUGCCGAUUAUGUCGAGAUGCUCAAGGACAUCUUCGAUUUCGAACUGAUCAAGAAGUUCUUCAACACCCAUCCCGACUUCAAGGUGCUCUUCGACGGCCUUUCUGGCGUCACUGGGCCGUACGGCAAGGCCAUUUUCCAACAGGAGCUUGGUCUUGGUGCUGAAUCCAUUCAAAACUGCGAACCUUCUCCUGACUUCAACGGGGGCCACCCGGACCCCAAUCUCACCUAUGCCCACAGCCUAGUCGAAGUGGUUGAGAAGAACAGCAUCCCCUUUGGCGCCGCAUCCGACGGCGAUGGUGACCGCAACAUGAUUUACGGCGCUGGUGCCUUCGUGUCCCCCGGUGACAGCUUGGCCAUCAUUGCCCACCAUGCCAACUUGAUUCCAUACUUCAAGAAUAAUGGCGUCUACGGCCUGGCCCGCAGCAUGCCCACCUCUGGGGCGGUGGACUUGGUCGCGAAGAAGCAGGGCCUGAACUGCUACGAAGUCCCGACAGGGUGGAAGUUCUUCUGUGCAUUGUUUGAUGCCAACAAGCUGUCCAUUUGCGGCGAGGAGUCCUUUGGUACCGGAAGCAACCAUAUUCGCGAGAAGGAUGGUCUCUGGGCCAUUGUAGCCUGGCUAAACAUCAUUGCCGGCCUGGGUGUUGCUAACCCCGGGGUCGCGCCCAGCAUCAAGCAGAUCCAAAAGGACUUCUGGGCCGAGUAUGGACGCACAUUCUUUACGCGUUACGAUUACGAGGAUGUCGACUCGGAUGGCGCCAACAAGGUUGUCGGCGUAUUGAAGGACCUGGUGGCGGACCCCAACUUCGUCGGGAGCAAAGUAGGAGACCGCACAGUUACCGAGGCCGGAAACUUCUCGUACACUGACCUGGAUGGCUCCGUAUCUUCGAACCAGGGCCUGUAUGCUUGCUUCUCGUCUGGCAGCCGUAUCAUUGUUCGUCUGUCGGGAACUGGGUCGUCGGGUGCUACAAUUCGUCUUUACAUUGAGCAGCACAGCAGCGACCCUGCUACAUAUGACAUGGAUGCACAAGAGUUCCUCAAACCCGAGAUCAAGAUGGCGACGGAGCUUCUGAAGUUCAAGGAAUUUGUUGGUAGAGAUGAGCCAAAUGUCAAGACAUAGACGAGCUCUCCAAGAGAGCGGCAUGAGAGCAACCUGGGCGUAGUAGUGUGUUUUUGAAUACACCUAAUUUGUAUCCCCCGCCGUGCCCUGUAGCUGCAUAUACCGAGUGCUCUUUUAACUCGACCAAGUUCCGUGGAAAAUGGCU